CAUUAAUCUAUGCAAACCCCAUUAGACAACCUACUUUAUCUAAUUGAACAUCUACUAAAUAUUACAUCCCAAACUUAACAAUCUAUCAAGUUUGGUCCAUUGCAUUAUAAGCAUUUUGGAUAGCAUGAUAAAUAGCCAACAUGCACAUUUCGAAUUAGUGCUUGAUUUAUUGAAUU